UGUGUGUGUGUGUGUGUGUGUGUGUGUGUGCGCGUGUGCGCGUGUGUGCGUGCGCAUUCUCCUCUUGAGCAGGCCACACUGCGUCCAAUCAGAAGCCUCAGUGAUUGUGGUACACAUACGUAACCUGCAUUGGAGGUCUCUCUUUGCUGCACCACGACAAUAUAUGAUUGCAACUAAUAACAAACCAAAAAGUUCCCAGAGCACACGUUGACAUAUUCAGUUGAUUUGUUGACCAUCAGUCCAAAAUCUAAAGAUCGUUGCAGCCGUAGUUAUAGGAAUAAACAGCUCCAUCUAUACGUAAACAUAUAUCCCUGUGAGAAUAUGAACAGCAGGCUCCUUGUUGUUUUAUGGUCCAUACAAUACAUACAGUAUAACUACAUCACAUGAUACAGAGAUGCAGUCUUACUCAUUAGACCUUUGCUUUAUUUUGAAAAUCUUCCCUUUUCUGACUUUACCUCACUGGAGCUUCAUUUGAAUUGGCAUAUAAUUCAACAUGAAUAUUGUUACAAUUAAAUAAAGAACACGUUUGUAUAUGUGCAGGUUGAAUGAAGGCGUCUCACAGACUGACUAAUAAAUGAACGGAUAACGAAUAAGGUGAACUGGUCACAUAUGGAACUUGACAGUCAGAAACAAGUUAUUACAGAUUCCCCACAUGCAGAAUAAAAGAGGAAGAUUGAGCUUGAAGAAAAGAGAUGAAUCAGAACAGCUGCCUUAUGAUGGUGUGAUUGAUUUCUUCUAUGUUGUCCUCACAGUGCUGAAAAGGGCCAAGAAGAGUAAGAAUGACCUCAUCAAUGCAGAGGAAGGCGAGGACCACUUCACUGACAUCUCCUCUGUUGCCCCCCCAGGCUCGCCGUUUGCCCGGGCCAGCUUGAAGAGCAAGAACGAGAGCUCGUCUUACUUCAGGAGGAAAGAGAAGAGGAUGCGCUUCACAAUCCGCCGUCUGGUCAAGUCCCAGAGCUUCUACUGGACUGUGCUGUGUCUGGUUGGCCUCAACACGCUGUGUGUGGCCAUCGUACACUAUGACCAGCCUGACUGGCUCACCUUUGCACUCUACCUAGCAGAGUUUGUCUUCCUGGGCCUGUUUCUGGCAGAGAUGUCCAUGAAAAUGUACGGCCUCGGACCCCAGAACUACUUCCACUCGUCAUUCAACUGUUUUGACUUUGGGGUGAUCAUUGGCAGUAUUUUUGAGGUGAUUUGGGCUGCCAUCAAACCCGGGGCCUCAUUUGGGAUCAGUGUCCUGCGGGCUCUGAGGCUGCUCAGGAUCUUCAAAGUCACAAAGUACUGGAACUCUUUGAGGAACCUGGUCGUCUCCCUUCUCAACUCCAUGAAGUCGAUCAUCAGCCUGCUGUUCCUCCUCUUCCUCUUCAUCGUGGUCUUCGCUCUGCUGGGCAUGCAGCUCUUUGGUGGCCAAUUUAAUUUUGAAGAUGAAACGCCGACAACCAACUUCGACACAUUCCCAGCAGCGAUCCUCACCGUGUUCCAGAUCCUCACUGGGGAGGACUGGAAUGCAGUCAUGUACCACGGGAUCGAAUCACAGGGGGGCGUUCGCCGGGGAAUGUUCUCCUCAAUUUAUUUCAUCGUUCUCACUCUCUUUGGGAACUACACGCUUCUCAACGUAUUCUUGGCCAUUGCUGUUGAUAACCUCGCCAAUGCCCAGGAGCUCACUAAGGAUGAAGAAGAGCAAGAGGAGGCCAUCAAUAAGAAGCUUGCACUCCAGAAGGCCAAGGAGGUAAAGGAGGUCAGCCCCAUGUCAGCCACUAACAUUUCCAUCACAGCUUUUCUAACACGCGGUCGAGGUAACACGCACUCUAGCAGCUCAUCCGUCUGCAGCGUUAACUCACUGAGUUAUGUCUGCACCCCAGUCCAUCACUACCUGAGUAAGGAGCAGCAGAAGUCGAUAAAGACGAUGUCGGUGUGGGAGCAGAGGGCCAACCAGCUGAGGAGGCAGAACCAGGCAAGCUGCGAGGCCCUCUACAGUGAGCUGGACCUCGAGGAGCGUCUCCACCUGACCUCGGCCCUCCACAUCCGGCCCGACAUGAAAACCCACCUUGACCGUCCGCUAGUUGUUGAGCCUUGCGAGGGGCCUUUGCUUGCUGGCCACCAGCACCACCAUCACAAGCCCUGCAUGCCAGAGGCAGCGGUGACUGCCACUGACCCUCCUCCUCCUGUGCCUCACCAGCCUCGGCACCACCACCGCCACAGAGACAGGGACCGGGCCAGAGGGAGACAGGAGACGAAUGAGAACAGUGGCACCAGUAAGGACGGGGGCCAUCAUGUCCAUCACAGCCACUCCAAAGACCACGAAGGCAGCCGGGGAAAAGAGGGGAAAAGUGAGAGGUCCCGCAGCCGAGAGAGAGGCAGGAGACAAAACCAUCAGAGCUCAGUGGAUGACAGCGGAGGUGGAGGAGUCACGAGCGAGAGAGAGCAUCGGCAUCAUCAUUCACACCGGCAGACCAGAGGGGGCAACGGGACAGUAAACAGUGGAGGCAGGGCAGAGCGAAGAUCCCGCCACAAAGAUGGACUAUCGUCGAACAGGAAUGGGGAUCGACAUUCCAGAGGAGACAGUGGAACCACUGGAAAGAAGAGGAGACAUCGGACUCAUGGAUCCAGGGGCCAAUCAGUAGAAGGAGAGGAGUCCAACGAAAAAGAGAAGAACCACAGUAACAGGGACAGAUUUGGUGAAACAGAGGGGGCGUCCCUCGCCUUCUCCCCCCAGCAGGGCUCUGGGGGGGCCAGCUGGCCUCCUGACCAACCAGAGGACUCAGACAACCACAGGAACGUCAGAAGAACUGGCCAAACCUCCAUCCAAAUUCCUCCUGUGACUAUCACCUCCCCACCUGGAGACCCCACUUUCAUACAAAUGAAGAGUAUUGACUGUGAGACAAUGCCCACGCAUGAGAGUGGACCCAGACCCAUCCUGCCUUACAGUUCUAUGUUCAUCUUUGGACAAACCAACCCGGUGAGGCGGUUGUGUCACUACAUUGUGACUCUACGUUACUUUGAGAUGUCCAUCCUGGUUGUCAUUGCUAUGAGCAGUAUUGCUUUGGCAGCAGAGGACCCUGUGUGGACCAAUGCCCCUCGCAACAACGUGCUCAGAUAUCUGGACUACGCCUUCACUGGUGUCUUCACCUUUGAAAUGGUGAUCAAGAUGGUGGACCUCGGCCUUCUGCUUCAUCCUGGAGCCUACUUCAGAGACCUGUGGAACAUUCUGGACUUCAUAGUGGUCAGUGGGGCGCUGGUGGCUUUUGCAUUUUCGAGCUUCAUGGGUAGAUCGCAGCAAGGUGUGACCAGGGGGACCAAAGGCAAAGACAUCAGCACCAUCAAGUCUCUGAGGGUCCUCAGGGUGCUGAGGCCUCUCAAAACCAUCAAGCGUCUGCCAAAGCUCAAGGCGGUGUUCGACUGUGUGGUCAAUUCUUUGAAGAAUGUGCUGAACAUCCUCAUUGUUUACAUCCUCUUCAUGUUCAUCUUUGCUGUUAUCGCAGUUCAGCUCUUCAAGGGAAAAUUCUUCUACUGCACAGACGAGUCCAAGGGCCUAGAAAAGGACUGCAAAGGGCAGUUCCUCGACUAUGACCAAGACGAGGUGGCCGCCAUGCCCAGAGAGUGGAAGAAAUAUGAGUUCCAUUAUGACAAUGUGCUGUGGGCCUUCCUGACCCUCUUCACUGUCUCCACUGGGGAGGGCUGGCCCACUGUCUUGAAGCACUCUGUGGAUGCUACCUUUGAAGACACGGGUCCCAGUCCAGGCUACCGGAUAGAAGUGUCCAUCUUCUAUGUGGUCUACUUUGUGGUCUUCCCAUUCUUUUUUGUUAACAUCUUUGUUGCUCUCAUCAUCAUCACCUUCCAGGAGCAGGGAGACAAGGCCCUGUCUGAGUGCAGCUUGGAGAAGAACGAGAGGGCUUGCAUUGACUUUGCCAUAAACGCCAGACCUCUGACACGCUACAUGCCCCAGAACACGCAGUCCUUCCAGUACCGGAUGUGGAAGUUUGUGGUCUCACCUCCAUUUGAGUACUCCAUCAUGAUCAUGAUCGCUCUCAAUACCAUCGUACUCAUGAUGAAGUUCCAUGGAGCUCCAGACUUCUAUGAAGCGAUGUUGAAGAACCUGAACAUCGUCUUCACCACUCUCUUCUCUCUGGAGUGUAUCCUCAAGAUCAUUGCUUUUGGUCCAUUGAGCUACUUAAAGGAUGCCUGGAACGUGUUUGACUUUGUCACAGUGUUGGGCAGCAUCACCGACAUCCUGGUGACUGAAAUCAAUACUACGGACAGGCUGCUGAACCUGAGCUUCCUGAGGCUGUUCAGAGCUGCUCGGCUCAUCAAGCUGCUGAGGCAGGGCUACACCAUCCGCAUCCUGCUGUGGACCUUCGUCCAGUCCUUCAAGGCCCUGCCUUAUGUCUGCCUUCUGAUUGCUAUGCUGUUCUUCAUUUAUGCCAUCAUUGGCAUGCAGGUGUUUGGCAACAUUGAGCUGAAUGAGGACACAGCUAUCAAUCACCACAACAACUUCCGUACUUUCCUCCAAGCGCUCAUGCUGCUGUUCAGGAGUGCAACAGGUGAGGCCUGGCACGAGAUCAUGUUAUCCUGUUUGAGUCACCGAGCCUGUGAUGAGCGCUCAGGGACCCACGGGAACGGGUGUGGCAGUGAUUUUGCCUACUUCUACUUUGUCUCCUUCAUCUUCCUCUGCUCCUUCCUGAUGCUGAACCUGUUUGUGGCUGUCAUAAUGGAUAACUUUGAGUACCUAACCAGAGACUCCUCCAUCCUUGGACCUCAUCACCUCGAUGAGUUCAUCCGGGUUUGGGCCGAGUACGAUCCGGCUGCAUGUGGCCGCAUCAAGUACUUCGAUAUGUAUCAGAUGCUGCUCCACAUGUCCCCACCCUUAGGUUUGGGAAAGAAAUGUCCGCCAAGAGUCGCCUACAAGCGCCUCGUCAAAAUGAACAUGCCCAUCGCUGAUGACAACAGCGUCCAUUUCACCUCCACCCUGAUGGCCCUGAUCCGCACUGCCCUGGAGAUCAAACUGGCCUCAGGCAUGGUCGCCCAGCGCUUAUCUGACGCUGUGUUAAAGAAGGAGUUGUCUACAGUGUGGCCCAGUCUCUCUCAAAAGACCAUGGAUCUGUUGGUGACACCACAUAAACCCAAUGAACUGACCAUAGGGAAGGUUUAUGCAGCCCUGAUGAUCUUCGACUACUAUAAGCAGAAUCGAGCGAGGAGGCUGCAGCAGCAGCAGCAACAGGGCGCGUCAGGCUCCCAGUGCAAGGGCGGGGCUCUGUUUAAGCCAUUGCUGCCUCUGACUCACAUGCAGGAGAAAGAUCUACCUAUGAUGUUAAACAGUGUGGAGCCUCCCAGCAUGCUUCAGCCCCAGCCCAAAUCCCAUGCCAAGUCCCAGCCACAGACCAGACCUAGCUCCAACUCCCUCAACAAUGGAGGCACGCUGCCAGGACAUGACCACAACAUCAAGCAGUCAUCUUCCUGGGUGAUGGAGAAACCCAAGGAAGUACCCCGAGCUAAGACAAAGAGAACCAUGUCCAGGGGCCCAUCAGAGGACACACCGGACACUGUCGUCAUUCAGGAAUCGGUGGAGAUGAGGAAGAUGGAGACCGGUGCCAGCAGCACGAUCCCGGUCCCUGGCUCAGGUCUGGAGAACCAGGGCAGAGCAGCUUCUAUGCCUCGACUUAAUGUCGAGCUGCAGCGGAGCCUCUCUGCAGGGAUCCAUCUGGCUACUGCUCCUGAUGCCAGUCCAAUGAAGCGCUCCGUCUCCACUGUGGCCCCACAGCGGCCCCAGGAGGUCAACCUGAGGGACUACACCCUGGAGAAACCCAGCCAGGACCGGCCCCCCCACCACCACCACCACCACCGCUGCCACCAUCGCCGAGAUAGAGACAGAGAUAAAGACAGGGAGAGGAGGCAGAGGUCUUUGGAUACACCUCUGGGUGGACCACCACCUAACUCUGCUGGUGCACCAGAAGAGCCAAAGUCUGACCCGGCCGACUCCAGAGAUCGAGGCCACGACCGCGGACGCUCCCACGAAAGGAAACACCACUCCUCAGCGGAUAAGCAGCGCUACUACUCCUGCGACCGCUACUGCAGCCGGGAACACUGCCACACCAAAUCUGCCACCGCCAGCUGUGCCGCCUCCCCCAGCGAAGGGCAGGAACCCAGCAACAAGCAGGGCAGUGGUUGGGUUAAAGGCAGCCCAGUGGCACCGAGUUCCACUUCUAGCACGCCGAGCCGAGGACGUCGGCAGCUCCCCCAGACCCCCCUCACCCCGCGGCCUGGGGUGGCCUACAAGACUGCCAAUUCAUCCCCUGUGCCCUUUGUGUCCGGCCAGGCCUCUCUGAGUCCUGGCCGGCUGAGCCGCGGCCUGUCGGAGCACGACGCCCUCCGGCACAGCACCCACUACUUUCCCUGCCCCGUCACUCGUAUCAGCUCCGAGCCCUUCCUGAGCCGGGGCCACGGCGAGGCUCUGGGCAGCCUCUACGGCAGCCUCCGGGACCAGCUGGACGUCUUUCAGGAUGCGUUGUCACUGACGCCCAGCCCCCGUGCCGGGCGCUCAUCUCGGACCGCACUGCCUCGCAUGACGGAAGCCCUGCUUCCUGCUGCGCAGCAGAACCUCGGGGUGCCCAACGGGUACCACUUCAGCUUCGGGGGAAGCACCAGCGCAGGCUCUGGUCUCAGGGCACACAGGUAUUACCAGGAGGCAGAGGAGGACGAAUGGUGCUAGCAUGGCUUUAAACCAACCUUUUGAAUGCAUUUUGAGGAAUUGUGAUGAGUUUUAUCAUCUUCUUUAAAGGCUUUAGUUUACAUGGUCAGUGUGUGUUUGAUGCUGUAUUUGUAAUCCUAACUUGGAGAGCUAAGGUGAGCGAGAACAUCUGAACAGGGAGAAAGCUUGAAGUGGGUCAUAUUAGAACUUUUAUCAAGGGGCACGUAGCAUUAUGACACAGAACAGAAUGUCUUACAGUAGUUUCCUUUAUUAGCUUUGACUUCAGUGUUUGGUUGACACACCAUAUUAACCCUCAAACAGCAUUAUAUCACAUACAACUACACAUUAAUAUGACAAUGUCUCCUGAUGUUGGUAGAAAAGGGAAGAUCCCAAGAAAUGUUUGUAUGAAGAAGAUGAAGUGCCAGAGCUGCUGUGUGUCUGUGUUCCAGACGAGAGGAACAUUCAGACCAUGUUUCUCUUCAGGGUCAUUGGUCCUGACUACUGACCAGUGAAGCUUUGUUCACUUUAAAGCACACAAUGAGGCUCUUAAACGCCACAUGCUGAUUUGGUCUUAACAUUCUUCAGGGGCGUCUAACAUUUAACCAUUUGGCUUCAUUUUACUAGGUAGCACCCCAACCUGUUAAUACAACAUUGACAUAUUAUCCCCUUCUGAAGUUGAUCAGCUUAUGGCCCAGAUCACACCCUGAUAUCCGCAUGAAAGUUAAAAUAUGAUCAACUUUUCAGCGCCAGACGCCGAGUCACACCGCUAGUCAACGGCCCAGGCAGCCAAUCAGAUCAAGCAGAAGGCGGGCUUUACUACUUUACCACUGUACACGCCCCUAUCAUGUUAGGUUGCCUAAUCACAGCAGACUCAGGCAACAUUAGCAUCCAUUUGGAGUGGUGUUUCUGACCACCUGAGAGAGUAAGUCCAGGAGUCACCUUUUAGCUCUGGUUUGGUCUCUUGAGCUGCUAAACGCUGCACUAAGUUCACCAGCUGGUCUCUGACUGUCUGUCUGCUGUUUGCAAAGCUGCCUGCUGCUGCUGGGAACCAGGUUGGUGAGAGCGCUUACUGAAUCUAAACUGUGACAUGUUGUGUUGUCAAACCAAACAUUCAGCUGAAAGUUGCUGAAACACUCCGUAGGCUAACGUCAACUGCAGAGUUGAUGAUGGUUCUCAGUAGGUUUGUCUCAACUGUCAAAUUACACAUUUCUCCAUUGUACAUAUAGAGAUGAUGAUUAGUGCAGCUUUGACUCUUUAUAACUUAUAUAUAUCUAUAUAUAGUUCUGUUUACCUCCAUGCUACAGCGGGAACACAGCCCCUUUGACUUGGACUGCUGCACUCUGUGCACCACAUACACAGUAAUGGAGGAGCACAUGCAGGAGCCCUUUCUUCAUACGGCUAAAGACAACACCACACUCAAUUUGAGCUGUGCUCCGUCAACUGGUUACAAUGUCACCUUCUUUCACAUUAUUAUGACAGCCCAGAGCACAGCGUACUGUAUAACAGGCCUCUUUAAGCUGUAGGUGGAGUUAGUGACUGAUGGUUAGAAAAGAGUUUGAGAGUCAGUAUGGUAGUUUCAACAGGAAGUGAAGGAAACGGCACAAACGGAACAGUUCAGUGAAAAUAUGUAUUACAAUUUUGGAAAACCUCUCAGACAUAACACUGUAGGAACAGCUGUGUUGUCCUUCAGUUUAGGACUCUACCAUUCCGUGAUGAUGCCUAAUUCUUUAUGACAUUCCCUUUGUGUCAGUGGAACAGAUGAAGUGCUGUCACACAAGCAGCGUUAAUUGUUUUGCCUGUUUUUACAUGUGUUUUGCAAGCUUCAAGAGAGAAGCAGCGCAUAGUAGGAACGAGUACUUACUCAUUUGAUUUCUAUAAAACGUCCUGUAGAUGUUCUCUUUUCAUCGUGUGCAUCUUUUAUACGACGUAAAAGCAAAGAUAUGUUUUAUGUGAACUGCUUCCAGGUUGGCCAUCGUUUCAGGUCUAAUGUUUCUUACAGACUUUCUUGGGGAUGUUUUAAGACGAAGUGCCUAUCCUUUUAGAUAUACUGUAGAAAAGGUGCAACGUCGACUGUUUUCUAAUGCAUCCACCCUGGAGUAGAUGUUUGGUUCAUUCCGUAAGGUCUCAUUAGUAUGCACAGACCUCUGCAGCUUUCAAAGACACGAAUGGAAAAAGCAUCUUAUGAAAGUCCAUUAUCUUUUUCUUGUUUUUGAUAAACCAUAAAAUCAUGUGUGGGUGGAGGAGCAAGAAUCGACAUUAUGAAAACACUAUGCGAGCAUUUAACAACUAUGUAAACUGCAUAAAUAUAUGGAUCCAGUUACGUUAAUGCCAGUAGCACACUGUGCAUGUUCAGAUAGACCUGGGCUGUUGUCACAAUGUGACGAUGUGAGUCUUCCAAACUCCUGUGUUGUUUGGACUGAACAUUGUGUGUUAAAGGAGUUAAAGCGUGUGUUCACUGUGAUUUUACCCAAGUAGCAAAGGGGGUUCAGUCUGACUCCUUACGGUCAUUGUCCUGUAUGUGUCGGUAUAGUAUGUGUCAUGGAGUGGCGUUUCUUUUUAUACUCAUGCAUAACUAGCAAAAAAUAGAUGUUUUAAUAUCAUUCAGAGCUAUUUCCAGCAGCUACUGUAUCACGGAGUCUGGCAGCGACUAACUGCUCCGUCUACAGCAGCACAACACAAACCACAACACAGUAGCAUCAUUAGCUUUGUCCAUAUUCUGUGGAAUUGAAUUAACAAUAAUUGGCAAUUUGGUUCAUCAUUUCUAAUUAGUACAAAAUGAUAAAGUACAUUGAUUUAUAUUAUAUUAUCUGCAAAAAAAACAGACUGCUGGACACUGAGGUAAGAGCUGGUUCCAUGUAGCUAAAGAAUUGUGAGGUGGACUGAAGAGGACAUUCUGCAGUUUGAAGUCAACGUGUCAGUGCUCUCUGGUGGACAGACUGUGAAUGACAUGCUGAUUCUGUUUUAUAUCAGUCAGUGUGUCCCAAGUACAUGCUGUGUGUUGUAAUGACACAGCUAACAUGUCCACCAACACGUUUGAUUGAAAACAAGAAGUUCAUGCCUUUUGAUGGGGCGUGUUGGUAAAUGUAGGAUCUCUUUAGAACUGAAGUCCUGCAGCAGGAGGAGAUGCUGGAGAUGGUCUCGUGGGCUCAGCUGUAUAGAUAGCGUUAAAUCCUGACUCUCCAAAAGAUAAAUUACAACACAAAUCAAGAAACAACACCUGGAAUGUGAUCGAUAUCUAACAAUGGUCAGAAGUGGAUCUGACGGUACUGAAGAGUGGAUCCUACUGCCCAAACCUGCCUCUGCUUCCAGGUUGUAGGAGGACAUUCUGCAGCUGUCUCAGAGCUCAGGAGGACUGCUGCUGCCUGAAACUUUAAUGUCAACAUGAGGGACAGACGUGAAGCUAGCAGCAGCUGACUGGCCUGAAGGUAGUGGAGGGAGACAAGAGGAGUGGGGCUAUGCAACCUGACAAACCCAUAUCUCCAUUCAUUCUGUAGCUUUACAUGCCGGUCUCUGUAGAUUCAGGCUUCAGCAUGAUUGUGACCAAAUGUUUUAUAGAAAAUGCAACGAAGGACAUGCAAACAAAAAAACACUUCAAAUGUGCAACGGCACAUAUAAACAAGAAACCGAUGGGAUAUUUAGGAUCACAGUAACUUUCACAUAUAUUUGCAUGCAUAACAUGACAACAUGAAAUGGAGAUCCCAUGGCUCACAGUGGGGGGGGGGGGGGGGUCCUGCUAGGUUACAAUAAAGGCUUUUUAUAGAUCAACCUUGUAAACUGUCAAAGUGAUUCUUUCUCUCAAAGACAGGAACGUAUUCUUCUGCAGAUGUUCUGCAGAUGAAAAAGCAAAUCUAAACAUUUGUACCUUCUUUAACUCUGCACUCUCUGUACUGAGAGGAAGCGUACCUGCGCCCGAGUCUGGACCAACCGGCCGCCAAACAUUAGGAUCAAUCCAGCUGCUUUAGUUCUGCAUAUAGGCAGUGCAGAUGUGGCUUUUACAACAAAAUACAGAUGUUUGCAUGUUCUGACAAUGUAUGUGCAUGUAGAAGACUUCGUACUUUUGGAUACCAUGUGUUAUUUUGUUGUUGAUUUUUAAUAUUUGAUAUAAACUGUGGGAUUACAAACAGUAUUGGACAUUGUAGACAGCAGAGCUGGAACAUUCCUUUAUUCGGCUCUUGGGAUUCAGUCAAUUGUUUCUUUGCUUGAUUUUAUGUUUCUUGGCCAGACUUUGAACUCUGCAGUUGUUUCUACAUUAAACAUUUUGUAUGCA